AUGCUGUUCGCACAGCGAGUGCUUAGGCCACUUUUCAUCUCGGUCGCCUUGACGAGCCUUACAUGCGCCGCACAGACUUACUCUGAUAGCUCAUCGACGCCAACAUCUGGGAGCAGUUCAAUAACUUCCACUUUCUCCACCUCCACGACGACAUCGACUGGCAGCGUGACACAUACUGUUCAAGUCGGACCUAAGUCGAGUCCACAUGCAUACGUUCCACAUAAUCUCACGGCCAAUCCUGGCGAUGUUGUGGUUUUCGAAUUCUACCCGACAAACCACUCGGUCGUGAAAGCAGACUUUGGGGCGCCAUGUGUGCCGGCCUCUGGGAGUUACUUUUAUUCUGGGAUGUUUAAUAGCUUCAGUGAGAAUAAUGGUCAACUGAUUGGUCCGCCACCGACCUGGUCAGUGGUUAUCAAUGAUACUGAGCCAACCUUUUUCUACUGCACUGCGAUCGGCUCAUGCCUGGAAAAUGGAAUGGUGGGCGUCAUUAACCCGAACUCGACGGAAACCUUCCAAGACCAAUAUAAGAAAGCCCUCACAUAUCCCUAUAUGCUGGUACCCGGCCAGUCUAUGCCCGCCGAAGGUGGUGGGUCAACAAUGACCGGAAAUUCAACCUCAACAACAACCACAAGUGCAACCGCCAGCGCGACCACAAGCAGUGCCCCAUCUGGUGGAGGUGGAGGCGGAGGGUUGAGUGGCGGAGCGAUUGCCGGCAUUGUGAUCGCAGCCGUGGCGUUCGUUGCUAUUUUGGUCACACUGUUCUUUGUUCUCGGUCGCAAUCGUGUAUAUUCACAAUGGAUGUCCUCCCAGGACGGGCGGACCGAGCGUACAGCGAGAUGGGCUUUGUUCAACAACACCGGAGGCUCGCUUGGCAACCGCAAGAGUGAACUCGACAGCAAUACUGCUAGAGCGCCGGGCACAGAUGUCACCUCUGUUGGUAGCCCAGACCCGACUAUGCGCCAGUUCUCGCCCGCUCCCGAAUCGGUAUCAGGGUUUGGAGGCUCUUCGCCUCGCCAGAAUUCUGGCCAAUGGAAUUGGGAUAUUCCGCAAAAUUCGCGCAGUCCCCGUGGUCCAUCUGAGCUGGAGGGCAACGCCAUGAUCCAUCAGCUUCCAGAUAGGAGGGGAUCAUAG